UGAAUAAACGAGGGAACGCUUUAUUUUGAUCUUCAUUCGCGUUUUAUCGUACGAGAGCGUGGCAAAGUUGAAACAAAAGUGUGCCCGUCGAGCUGUUCCCGGCGGAGGAAUUCCUAACGCGGUAAUUUCUCAAUCCUCUUUAUCACGGCUGAGGAAACCAGUUUCGGCCGCAAUCGAUGUUUAAUGAGCUUCGGCAAUCUGAACGGCCAUAAGGUUCGAUGAUCCUUCAGCGGACGCUUAAUUGCCCGUCUCCGCGUAACUGCCUCCGUUAAAAUGGCUGCCGGUUGCUUAAGAAUCGGCUCGGAUCGAUUACAAUGUUUUACUGUUUACAUUAUCGAGCACCGAUUUCUCCGAGGGAAUGGGGAAAAUGUACGCUAUCGAAGGAAUACGGGAAAAGGAUCGUGCUCCCGAAGGAUUUUCAUUAUCUCCGGAUCAUCGAGCUGCUAACUCUUAGAUUAACCCUUCGCACUCGAGAGAAGAUGAAACAACGAAUGCUUCUGGUGACAAACUUUCGACUGCACAUGGUUAACUCGCGGCGAUUAUGUUUUGCAUGCAACAAAUGUUCUUUAGACGAGUUCGUCCAGUCGCAAUAAAAUUAUCAAAUGAUCCAGGACGCUUAAUCCUAUUCAAUGUGCAUGUUCCGCAUCUUUUAUUCAAAAGAGAUUUGCAUAGCGUGAGCUUGAACUCUUUAGAGGUCGCGGAGGUCUAUCAUGGCCGCGGAAAACGCACGAAAUCCGUGGCACGCAGCGUACAUUUGUUCGUGAAUGAGAUCACGUAGAUCGUGCAUCAUACGCAUCACGUCUAUGCGUUGCCCUCAUUUUUUAUUCCAUGCAACGUCGAUUCGGUCGGGAGCAACGAAAACGAACGCUUUUGCUCUGCCGAUGGUGGAACAAGUAUGGCGACUGUCGUUGGUGUCUUGGGGUAGCUCAUUAAGUAAUACUUCUUGGUGUAAAAGCCACAGAUCAUUAAUAAUGGCACUACUGAUUUUAUUAUUCAUAUCUAGACUCAGUUAUCUAUCUUUACAAUUUAACUAUUUUAAUUCUUAUCAUUUUAGUACUAGCACCUCUAAUCAUAGCCACCAUAUUUAUUCCAUCAACGGUACAUCCCAAGGUUACAUUAGUUUUACGGAGAAACAAUUUUUUAUUGAUACAAUGAAUAACUCCAAACUCUAUACAAAAUUAAACAAAUUUGAGCUAAGUAAUUUCCUCGUCUAAUUUGGUUCGACGUGAGAUUCUUGCAAUUGUAAAUACGAACUUGAAUCACGUAUACAUAUCUUCUUUCGUUCGAUAAUGAUACGACAAAGGAUUAUUAGUCGUCGAAUUGCUUUUUCUCACGGCAAUCGUUUUUGAUAUUUCAAGGCUAGGCUAUUUAACGGCGGUCGUACCUUUGCGACGCCAAGAUCGAUGGCAUGCCCAGUCAACGGGCAAGUCUGACAACGUUUUUUCUUGUUGUUGCAAUUAGUUUUCUCUUGGCGAACGAUGUAACGUGGAAAAUAAUGUAUCCGCUUUUUCUGUAGCGUGGCGCAAGCCGGCAUCGUCACGACCAAGUCUUUCUUGUGGAUUGUCCUCGAUGGCUCAGGGAAUAGCCGAUCAUUCAGUAUAUACUGCUCCAGUGAACCGGAGGAUUUGGAUGAAUGAAGAGUGUGGCUGGACCCGUGAGUGUCGAAAUAGUUCUGUUCACGGAAUUUCCUCAGCUCCUUCAGUUCAUUAUCGGAAAUUGCCUGCUUAAUGCUUCCUACUUGGUCCAAAUUACUAACGCAAACAGUGUGCUGAUAAUCUUCUGAGUCAAUACUAUGUUUGCCCGAAGCAAAUCUGGAUGCUUGUCCCACCUUGCUACUGUAGCAACAGGGACACUCUUUAUCCACCGAUUGUAUCGUUUUCUUACUCUUCGACGACGCUUUCGAACUUGAUUUAGCUUUACUUAUGUCAGGUACAGGUUUCUUAGAAGUUAGGGUUCGCUUAGUCACAUGUUUUGGUCUCGAUUGCCUCGAAGUCUCUGGAUUUUCCUCUUCGUCGCUAACGUUUGUUCUCACGGAUAUCGAUUUGGACUUCGUUACAUUGUCAAUUGUUUGUGAUUCUUUGUUUUUGGAGAUGACUUUGCUGCAACAUGGCGACCUAGAACACAACUGAGGGCAAUCUCCAGCUGCUACAGGGUGCAACAAGGAAACUUUGCUCUGUACAUUGCGCAAGAAUUGUGAUCUAGGUGCAUAGUCUAUCCUCUGGACUCUUCUCAAGGUCUCACAGCUAAUUGGUGGACUGAGAACCUUUUCGGGGCUGUCCCUUACAAUUGCUGGUUUGAAUUCAAUGUGGCUUUUGCAGUAUUUGCAAGCUGUGUCUGGCUUAUGUUGGGUUCUCGUAGACCGCUGUGCCUUUUUAACUUCAGAAUGGCAGUAGCAUUCUUUCACUGGCUUCCUGCGUACAGUUUUUAGACAGCAUUGCGGUUCCGAAUGCUUUUUCGAUGUUAUCAGCACUCUUCUAACUGUUGAUAAAUUAGGCAUUGAUGCAGGCGAAUGGUCUGAGCUAUCAGUACUAUAAUCUAGACAUAAAGCUCCACCAACACCACUGGAAUCAUUUCUCAAUUGCCAUGACUUGAUGUUUCCUCUGCGGCAUGAAGUUUUAUUGCCUUUAUUAUAAUUGUCUUUUAAUGUUCUAUAAAUGUAGAACAAAGUAUGAUAUGAUGUGUGCUGUACGAAAGAUACUCUUGCAGAUUACAAGCAGUACUCACAAGUUCUGUGAGUAUAGUUUCUUAUAUUCCUCUUUAACUCUCCUAGAAUUCUUAUCUACCCGGGCCAGCAGAAGUCUGCUUUUUUUACGUAAAUGAUCUAUGCAUUCAUUGAAGCUUUGCUCCAUAUGAUUAUCAGAUAUUUACCUAUCAAUAAAAAGAGCUUUGAGCAACAGAGGCUUUAUAUUAAUAUCUUAAAUAUAAAGUGAUCAGUUAAUUUUAUUCUACAGAGUCUGAGAUAGAUGAUUUAGUUUGGAUCAGGUAUUCAGAGUCGUAUUAGUUUCGGAUUGAGUGCCUUGGUUUGGAAUGUCUGGAUAAGAUUCGGCUUAUUAGAUCUUCUUUAAUUAUAAUUCAGAUUUCAGAGAGGUGCAGAGCAACAGAUGUUGGAUUUGGAGAGAAUUAGGGAUUCAUCCAUCACAGCAUCAGAAAAUGCUCUAAUAGGUAAAUCAAUAAAAUUUAAUACCCUUGUUAACAAUUCUUCAUCUCAUUCGUUAACAAUUCGUCGAAUAUUAUUGACCAUUCUUUAAUUACUCCAAACCAUCGAACUUGUCUCAUUCGAUUUCAAAAUUCCCCAGUGAAAUGUUUAUUUUUAUACCAGCGUUUGAAGUUUAGUGUGCGUCCUCUGUAAACAGGAAAAUGUAAACCAGUCUUGCCACCGUAAUAUCGUGAAAACUUUUUUCUCGGGGAUUUUUUCUAAUUGAUCAGAAAAAAUUGUUAUUAUUUACGUUACAUGUUGAAGAAAUGAGCGCUACCUUAUACUGUAAGUAUACAGAAGCGUCGUAAAGAUAUAUUUUAAAUGUUACUCGUUGAAAUUUCAAUCAGUGGAAAAUUAUAUGGGGAAUAGUGCUUUAACGCGGCCAUGUUGGAGUAGCGCAUAGGACGCGGCGUACGUUACGAUGUACUAUCGGUGGAGAAGUGUUUUUUAAUUUAAUUAGUGGUCUCGUGUUUUUCACUGAUGCUGCAACGGAAAAGUAGUUUGUUAUUUUACGUGACAAACAAAAUAUGAACCUGGUCACGUGAUCGUGGUUUAACGGUCACUGCCACUGUGUGGCUGAUACUAGAGGUUAUAACCGAUCGCAUGUUAUAAUCCUGGAGACGCUUAACAUUCCGCGGCAGAAUGGAUUUCUCCGGGAACAAUGUUAUCCAGGGAAUUAUCCCCCAAUUUGCGGAUCUAACGCCUCGAUCAAAUUCCGAUUCAACGGCAAAAUUUACCAGUGGUGAUACCAUUCAAGACGAGCACACCACUGUUUACACCACCUCUACCACAGGAUCGAAUCAACCGAAACAGACUUUAUUGGUGAACUCACCUAACAAAUAUACAGGACCAAUACUUGCUUGGCCAGAUCCAAAUACACUGAUGCAACUCUGUGAGAAACAGGGCAUUCAGGCUAUCAAUAUUCCUAAUUAUAAUCAAAAUAAUUCAAUACUGGGUGUCCAAUCUAAUAGUCUACCCGUGAGAAUUAUACCUAAUAUGUAUUUGCCAUCUACCUCUCAGCCAGAGAAUAAUAAAUCUAUAAUGGAUACAGGGACUGAAGCUGAGACUAAAACAUCCGCCAUGCAAGAAUCUCAAGUUCAACUUCAGCAACAAAGUGCCAUGGCUGAAUAUUUUCAAAAGUUACAAGCUACCACUCUUCCACUUACUUUGCAACAGCUAAUUAAGUUGCAAACAGAGCAAGUAAAGAAGGAAAAGACUGAGGAAGAGAAGGUGGAAUACACUCAGAAUAAUAUUUUAAACAUUCCUAGCGUUCCAGUUUUCAGGAACAAUCAGUUACAGAAUGGUACUAGUUUUAUGAGUUCUGAUCAAAUGAUGGCAUCUAUUAAUCCGAAUGACUUGAAUGUACAUAUGGACAGCCAUCAGGAAAAUGAGAACAUAGUGCAUAGUAUGAAAGUAGAACAACAAGUGCAAACAGAUUCCCCUAAAACUGAAAGGAAAAUGAAAUUUAGGGCUAAAACUGGUGAAAUUAAAAUCACUGUUGCACUUGAUGGUUCAACACUUUAUUGCUGUCCUGAGUGUAAUUUAGCAUUUUCGGAUAAAGUGGAAAUAGAUCAGCACAUUCAAGCUCAUAUACAAGAACGCAAAUAUCAAUGCAAAGAAUGUGGUGCUAUGUUAAAAAGAAAGGAGCACCUUGACCAACACAUGCGAGGUCAUUCUGAUGAAAGACCAUUCAAAUGUCCUGUUUGUCAGAAAGGAUUCAAAAGGAAUGAACACUUAACUAGGCAUUAUGUCAUUCAUUCUGGCGACAAGAAUUUCACCUGUUCAGUGUGUCAAAAGGCAUUCUCUAGGAAAGAUCAUUUAAAUAAACAUACUCAAACACAUUCGGGGAUCAGAAGGAAUAGAACGAAAAAGGAUACUUUCUUCAUAGAACAGAAGGAAUCCUUUGACAAGAUCAAUGACAUUUCUGCAAUGUCUAAGCAAGAAGUGAAUUUUGUCCUGAAAGAUGGUUUCAUAAAGCAAGAACCCACUUUCCUUCAGUACAUUCAGAAUCUUCAGAAAGAUCAAAAUCUGAUACACACAUUUUCCUCAUUUAAAGAACAGGCCAUGAAGGAGGCGAAUGUUCUCCAACAGCAGGCUGUUAAUAUGAAUGAGAUUCUGCCUCAAAAUACAAGCAUGGGACAUGUUUGGAUCAUAACAUAAUUGAAACUGCUGAAUGGAACACUUAACGCCAAUCUGCCAUUAGGAUAACAGUUUCAUGAAACGAGUACCAAUAGCAAGUAAUAGCAUACUGCCGAUUAUUGUCGUUAUACAGUUUGUAGAGUAAUUAUGUACAUAAAUAAGAUACAAAUUUUACCUGAAAGAGACUCAGUAGGUACGUUGUUUGAACUUGAUCUCUGAUUCGUCCGUGUUCAUCUUUAGCAACAAAUGCAUAGCGCAUAUUUUAGGUAAGCAUUUGUUUUCACUUCUCACUCACCAUGUUUUAAUGUAUCUCUUCUUU